AUGAACUCCAUUCGCCAGGUUCAGGCCCUCAAUAAGCGCGAGCUUGAGCAUGCGAUACCCCCAGAGGCAUCAUGGCAUGCAGACUAUCGCGACACCGCAUACAUCUACAUCGGAGGACUUCCAUUUGAUCUGACCGAAGGUGACAUUAUCGCGAUCUUCUCACAGUAUGGAGAGCCGGUGCACGUCAAUCUAGUUCGCGACAAGGAAACUGGCAAGAGCAAGGGCUUCGCCUUUUUGAAAUACGAGGAUCAGCGCAGCACAGAUCUUGCUGUGGAUAACCUUGGCGGUGCGACUGUCAUGGGGCGUUUUCUUCGAGUGGAUCAUGCGCGCUACAAACGAAAGGAUGAAGAGGAAGAGGAAGAUAAUGUCACCAAGUUGAUGGGCGACUCGGCUAUAAGCAAGGGCAAAGAGGUUGAGCGGAAAAAGGACAGUGAUAUAGAGGAGAGACGGCCUUUGCUGAAAGAGGAGAAGGAGCUGGAGGAUCUGAUUCGGAACCACGAUGAGGAAGAUCCUAUGAAGGAGUUCCUUAUCGAGGAGAAGAAAGAAGAGGUGGCUCGUGCGAUCGAGCUUCUUCUCGGCGACGCGAUGAUAGCAGAGAGCGAUCCAGCCGGCACCAUCGUCGGCACCGGUCUCGUUCUCCUCGCCAUCGAAGACAUCGAGAUGAGCGUUCGCCAGAUAGAGAGAGACGCUCCCGCUACAGAUCACCUGAGAGAGGAGAAAAGCCGAGACGAGACCGAUCGCAAGACCGGUCGCCCAGAAAAUCACGCUCGCCAGAACCCCGAAGAUAUCAUGAUGAGCGUUCACCAGAUAGAGAGAGACGCUCCCGCUACAAAUCACCUGAAAGAGGAGAAAAGUCGAGACGAGACCGAUCACGAGACCGAUCGCCCAGAAAAUCACGCUCGCCUGAGCCCCGAAGACACCGGAGUGAUCGGGACAGACAUGAUCGUCGACGUUGAAAGAUCGAUGCUACAUAUAAUAUCAAGUCCCAUCCAGGGCGCUACAUGCGUACCGAUAUUAUCUUGCGAUCCGGGUAUUUUCACCAAAGUCAAAGUGUCUACGCAGCACUAG